AUGGGGUGGGCAUUUGUGAAAGCCGACGCGCACUGGGGUGUCAAUCCUGCUACACGUGCUGUGGAAGAUAACGUCGAUGUUGAAGCCAUCAUUCUGUUUAAAGGAAACAAUAUCCCCAUCAAAAACAUUAGUGUGCUGGCGAUUAAACGGACUAAUGUACAUAUGGGCUACCUUUCAGAGGCUGUGAGAUGUAACACUGCUGACAUGGCGAUUAAUUAUGCCGCUUAA